CUCACCGCAGCCGAGCCCAGUCUGCUGCAGAGUAAGUGCCACGGAGUCCGCAAGUGUCCGGAGCUGCUGCUGGGCGAGGAUACAAGAAGCCCGAGGGGUAGGUUGGCAAAUCUUGUCAGGGAGGAGGAAGCAAGAGCCUGUUGCCUGCGUUGCUUCUAAAAUACACGCCGUCUCUUUAGCUUGGGCUUAAGAAUCUUCCCGAGGAUAUUUACCAGAGCAUCAGGAGUGAUAACUACUCUCUGUGAGCCGAACUGGGGAAAAAAGGACAGCAGAGAAAGAAUGCUUAGGUAACACAGGACUUAAAGCUUUGCUUUCAUUUUGCAAGGUACAAAUUAAUGUACGUGGUUUUACACACAGUAUAACCUCAAAAUAGAACUAGAUUCUGCAGUGAAAGAGUCGAUAGCUUAGUCAUUUUACUUAAAGGGAGCAGCCAGCCUUAUUAUGGGGUUAGACAGCAAAAAUGAAUUUGAUCAUGAUACGAUUGUGUCUUAUAAUGGUAUCUAACUGUAGUGGUGACCUAUGGAGCGGAAGAAGCAUACUUCCUUCCUUCUUUCUUAGUUGAAGAAAUAAAUCCACAGUACGAAAUUCAGAAAGAAGUUUGGGUUUGUAGUACAUGGCUAUUAAGCAUCACCCUGUUCCCUGGGCUUGUAAGAAAGGAAAACUGCAUUAAAGUUAUCACUGAUGAAUAUGUGUCUAAGAAAGAAGAAAAAGCAAUAUUCAUUUCUGAACAUGGGAAAGCAAUCUGAAGUUACACAUCUCCCCCUAACCACUGAUUUGGCAUGGAUGACAAGAAACUACCUUUUGACUAGCCUUUUCCAACUGUCCAAAAUGCUGCAUAUGAAGAUGCUUUAAUUCCCAGUCAAAGCACUUGGAUUUUUAUCAAGGCAAACUGUUGGCAUUGUCGUAACAUUAGUUUAAUGUUUUUUAAGUAGCAAGUGAUGCAUAAAUGGAUGGACAUAUACCUAGAAAACCAUGUGAGAAGUCUUUCUUCGGAUCCUGGAAAUUUUUAUUUUUGUGGAUUACAGUAAUUCUUGCAAUAAUCCCUGCUGUUAGCUGCUCAUGCAGUUGUUCUGGAAUGCAUCUAUGAAUGCCAUAACAGAUAAAUCUGUCUGACAAGGAAAACACUGAUGCUGGAAGAUCUGUGAACAUGAUGCACGUGAAUAAUUUCCCCUUUAGGAGGCAUUCAUGGAUAUGUUUCGAUGUAGACAAUGGAACAUCAUCAGGACGAAGUCCCUUGGAUCCCAUGACGAGCCCUGGAUCAGGGCUAAUUCUUCAGGCAAAUUUUGUCCACAGUCAACGUAGGGAGUCUUUCCUUUACCGGUCAGACAGUGACUAUGACCUUUCUCCGAAGUCCAUGUCCAGGAACUCCUCCAUUGCCAGUGAUAUACAUGGAGAUGACUUGAUUGUGACACCAUUUGCUCAGGUGCUGGCCAGUCUGCGUACUGUACGGAAUAACUUUGCUGCAUUAACCAAUUUACAAGAUCGGGCACCCAGCAAACGAUCACCAAUGUGUAACCAACCAUCUAUUAACAAAGCAACAAUAACAGAGGAGGCCUACCAGAAACUGGCCAGCGAGACCCUGGAGGAGCUGGACUGGUGCCUGGACCAGCUGGAGACCCUGCAGACCCGGCACUCCGUCAGCGAAAUGGCCUCGAACAAGUUUAAAAGAAUGCUCAAUCGGGAGCUAACCCACCUAUCUGAAAUGAGCAGAUCAGGCAAUCAGGUCUCAGAAUAUAUAUCAAACACAUUCCUAGACAAACAACAUGAAGUUGAAAUCCCCUCUCCGACACAGAAGGAGAAAGAGAAAAAGAAGAGGCCAAUGUCCCAGAUCAGCGGAGUCAAAAAACUGAUGCACAGCUCCAGCCUAACUAAUUCCAGCAUUCCCAGAUUUGGAGUUAAAACAGACCAGGAAGAUGUUCUUGCCAAGGAACUGGAAGAUGUGAACAAAUGGGGCCUUCAGGUUUUCAGAGUAGCAGAGUUAUCUGGAAACAGACCUUUGACAGUCAUCAUGCACACAAUUUUUCAGGAACGUGACUUGUUGAAAACAUUUAAGAUUCCAGUAGACACUUUAAUAACUUAUUUGAUGACCCUAGAAGACCAUUACCAUGCAGAUGUGGCAUAUCACAAUAACAUACAUGCUGCAGAUGUUGUUCAGUCAACCCAUGUCCUGCUAUCAACCCCAGCAUUAGAGGCAGUGUUCACUGAUUUGGAAAUUCUUGCAGCAAUUUUUGCCAGUGCAAUACAUGAUGUAGAUCACCCUGGGGUUUCAAACCAGUUUCUUAUCAACACAAAUUCUGAACUCGCCUUGAUGUACAAUGACUCAUCAGUACUGGAGAAUCAUCACUUAGCUGUGGGCUUCAAGCUGCUGCAAGAAGAAAAUUGUGACAUUUUCCAGAAUUUGACCAAAAAACAGAGGCAAUCGCUGAGGAAAAUGGUCAUUGACAUUGUGCUUGCAACAGACAUGUCUAAGCAUAUGAAUCUACUGGCUGAUUUAAAAACUAUGGUUGAAACCAAAAAAGUGACCAGUUCUGGUGUCCUACUUCUUGAUAAUUACUCAGACAGGAUUCAGGUUCUUCAGAAUAUGGUGCACUGUGCAGAUCUAAGCAAUCCAACCAAGCCACUCCAUCUCUACCGCCAAUGGACUGACAGAAUAAUGGAGGAAUUUUUCCGUCAGGGAGAUCGGGAAAGAGAGAGGGGAAUGGAGAUAAGUCCUAUGUGUGAUAAGCACAAUGCAUCUGUAGAAAAAUCACAGGUGGGUUUUAUAGACUACAUUGUUCAUCCUCUGUGGGAGACGUGGGCAGAUCUUGUUCACCCAGAUGCCCAGGAUAUCUUGGAUACACUGGAGGACAAUCGAGAAUGGUACCAGAGCACAAUCCCUCAAAGUCCCUCUCCUGCACCUGAUGACCAGGAGGAGGGUAGGCAGGGCCAAACUGAAAAAUUCCAGUUUGAACUAACACUGGAGGAAGAUGGUGAGUCAGACACUGAAAAGGACAGUGGAAGUCAAGUCGAAGAAGACACCAGCUGCAGUGACUCCAAGACUCUUUGCACCCAGGAUUCAGAAUCCACUGAAAUUCCUCUUGAUGAGCAAGUAGGGGAAGAAGUAGAAGAGGAGGAGAACCAGACAGAACCUUGUGUGGUAGAAGACCAUUCUCGUGACACGUAACAAUGGAGAUGCAGUCUUUCUCUCUUGCUCUCUCCCAUUCUUUUCCUCUUCCUCUCUCUGUGUUUUUGUUUUGUUUUUGGUUUGGUUUUAUUAGGGAAUGGUUUCCAAAGUGUAAGUCACAUGCUACAACCAUAGUCACAACUUGCGAGGACGUUUGUUGAUCAAAACUGACCUUGAUGACUCAGUUUGGCACUCAGGAAUAUUGUAACCAGAAUUUUCACCUUCACGGCAUCAGAAAGGAGGGGGAGAACACCCAUAAACUACAUUUUAAUAAGCUCUCCAUUUGGCAGAUUUGAUUAAAUAAAGCAAGUAUUUUCAGAGGAGUACCACCUGCCAACCAAAUUCUGGUAUGCUUUGAUAGUUUUUGAAUUCAUUGUAUUUCACAAGCAAAGCAUUGGAUAAUGUUCAUCGUGGGAGGAAAUAGAAAACAAACUGAGAUUCCUACUGGAAAACAAAUGCACAUAAAUGAUGGGACACAACACAAUUCUGUUACCAAUAGGAAGAUGAGCUGUGGAAAUUGCAUAAUUUUCUAAUUUCAAGUCUUCCUGAUAUGUGACUGAAAAAAGUGUAACCCAGUGGGUUGCACUAGCCUCUGCAUUUUGUAUAAUAUGUAAAAGAGACAUCUUUUGUAGAGCUUACUUUUAUUAUUAAAUGUACUGAGGUAUUAUAUUUAAAGAAAAACACUUUCAGACUUCAUCUGCCACUGGUUAUAUUUUUUUUCCAAAGAGUAAUUGCAAGUUUUCAGUACAAAUCUGUGCUACACUGGAUAAUACUUCUAGGUUUUUUUUCCUUUCCUUCUCUUUUUUGCACCUUAGAAUCUCAUGUUAAUAUUGAGCUGUAAGAGCCUAUGUUAUAUAUUAGUGAGUUCCAUUCAUGUUACAUAAAAAUCUUUCAGUAUGAUAGCUUUUUUGUUUGAUUUUUAUUUUUUCAUCACAAUUUUCCCAGAUUUAUUAGAGGAACUUGUGUUGUGCUUUUGCCUUCAUAGUGGCCUGAUCCUGCUAAUUCUGUCUUACUACAAGAAGUAAGGUCCCAGUUGGUUUCACUGCAACCACUAAGAUACGGAUUUGCAGGACUAGAGGCCAUAAUAAAGGUCAUCUUAAUACAAAAGCAGCUCUUCUGCUAUACUAAUAAAAAUAAUCCCUCUGAAACAUGAUUUCCAGACCAUUUUUUGGCUGGGAGUUAUAGACUGCUAAAUCAAAACAGACAAAUACAAUACGUGGAAUAUUUGUUCUGGCAAAAAAAGCAUUAGUGUAAUAUUUCCAAUUUUGACUUGUUAAUAACUUAUCUGUGUCAGCUAUCUAGUUAAACCAUUUGCUAAUCUGAGAUGUGUACAACAUAAAAAUAAUGAUUAGCAUUGUUUUUUUCAUGUCUUUGUUGCAAGAGCCUUUUUAUGUUUUCAUGUAAAUGAAAUGCAUCAUGAGAGUUGUAGUUUACUCCACAUUAUUUCAGUCUUGGAUCUUUUCAUCCUUUAUCCAGCUUGUGCAAAGGGGAUACUAAUUUUCAGUUUGGUACUGAAAGCUUCUGUAACUUGGAAAGUUAAAGGGAGGUAGGAGUUUGUAUUUAUCAUUAUCCAGUCCUGCCAUUUGGUGACAUGAAAGAAGAAGAAAUUUUAUUUCCUCCACUUUACUCUUCAUUAAAAUUUGUGGUUUUGAGCAUAGAAGAUGGGAAAUUGUUGCCUAGGGAAGCUAGCAGAUUCCCACUCUGUAAAAUUCUGGUAAAAUGGCAAUACCAAGAUGAUUUCUUAACAAAAGAAGACAGCAACAACCAUUAUUUCCCCUUCGGAUUCAUUUUGAGGUAAUUCGCAGACAUGAACAAAGGUGGAUCUUUUACAUAUCUGAGACCUAGAAUAAAAACUGUUUAAAAAUGAUUGGCUAAUAGUUCAGCUUUUAAAUGCAUUUUACAUCCUUCUAUAUCCCGGUUGUAGUUUUGUCCACCUUUAGCCCUCACAGGGCCCUAGCACAGAAGGUGCUGAAGGAGGAAAGAGAAUGAAGACAACUCAUGGGGGUUUUUUCAGUUUUUGACUCUUUUUAUUAUUCAUCCUGAACCUGAUUCAUCUAAAAAUCCUUUCAGUCCCCAAGAGUGCCUGGAGCCUUAAUAAUGGAAAAGCAAUAUAAGUUCCAAAAUAAACCAAUAGGGACCUGAAAAGGUUUUGUAUCUGCACUAAUGGAAGGUAAAUGAAAAGAAUAACAGCAUAUUGUGAGACCUACACCCAUACACGUGGACAAUCAAAUAGUAGAAAAUAAUAUAAUUUCUUAGAGCUGGGGAUACAAUGCACUGUACAAUCUUUUUUUCUUCUUUUGCCAAAGUGUGUUUAGCAUUGCACACUGCUUUAAAACAAUACAAUUUGCAAGUGGCUUUAUGUGUUCUAAAUAUUUUUGCUGUAAGAAAAUACAGUGAGUAGGUAUUGAGUGGGGAAAAAAGAGAAUUCACCUUGCUUAUAACAGUACAGUUUAGCUUGCAAGUUACUGUACUCAGUAAUGCUGUAUUUGAGCUAUUAAAUUGUUUUGUGUCGUUAUUAAAAAAGAUAAUGAAAGAAUACAGAUAGAACAAAUAGCAUUCAGAAGUUUAAAAAACUUGAAUGAAAUGGAUUUUACGGAAAGCUUUGACAGUUCUUUUCAAAUGCAUUAUUUAUUUUAUUUGUGCCAUGCAUUUUUCUCACCAAAUGACCUUACCUGUAAUACAGUCUUGUUUGUCUCUGUUUACAACCAUGUAUUUAUUGUAAUGUACAUACUGUAAUGUUAAUUGUAAAUUAUCAGUUCUUACUAUAACAUCAUCCUUGUCAGGGUGGUGUUGCUAUAUUUGGAAACUCUUGGUGAGAGAAUGAUUAUUGUGUAUACAUAUUCCUUGUACUUUUUUUUUCUCCUGUAAUAUAUUCUAUGUCACCUUAGAGCUUGUUUAUGGAAGAUUCAAGAAGAGUAUAAAAUACGUAAAGAUAUAUCAAUAAAAAAAGCUGCAGGUCUUUGGUCCCAGGGCUGUGCCUUAACUUUAAACAAUAUUUUCUUGUUUUGCUGCAUUUGAAAGUAAGGUAGCUGUGGGGCUAGGGCUGGGCAUUUCUACCAUAUUUUUAGUUGCUAAUUGAUGGGGUUACUCAUACGAGCUAAUAUGCAUGAUACUGUAAUGAGCUUCCAUUCAUGACCCUACUGGAAGUUCAAGCUUUUCCAGUCUUCUGGCAAUAUAAUCGUAUUGUGUCUCUGAUUAUCUUUUUACUGGCUAUCAUCAGGGAUUAUUGUAGCCAUUUUUUGCUCAUUAAAAAAAAACUAAUCCUGAUGCUGUAUUUCAGUACUGAAUUGCACUGAAACAGCUUUGGAAAGCAUAUCUAAUAAGCAUUUGAUUUUAGUACAUAUUGGGAGAUUGAAAAAUUUGAAUUAAAAGGGUAUAAAUCAUACACUUCUACAAUCAUUGGUUUAUUUAGUAGUACAAACUAUCACUGUAUAAACAGAAUCCAUGAAGUAGGAGAAAAUACAGCUUUUAAUCUUGGAAAUGCUUUCCAACACCAAUAUUAGUGUUAUAAGCAGCCGAAGUUUUAUUUUAUGUUGAUGUAUCUAAGGCUUUGUACAAGUAACGCACUAGAUCUACAGGGGAGUGGUAAACCUUUAAAUCUUUUAAUAACACUAGUAUUAGGUUUGCAGGUUGGACUGAGCAACUCUUGCUGUUUGACUUGUCACGUUUCUCCAGACUACUUACUGCUGAUAUCAGUGAAUUUGCCAGAGCGAGGUAGAUAGGUAGAUACCCCUCCUCCAUUCCAGCUAUGCCCAGCCCUUGUAGCAUGUGACUUCUUUGUGAAAGGAGAGAUUAUUUUUCAAGGAAAAACAGAGCCUCCUUUUUGACACGAACUGUAGAUUUUAGCAGCCCUGGCCCAAAGUAAAUCGAUUGCUUUUGUUUUAAAUGAUAUAAAAGGGACACUAUAACAACAGAAAUCCUGAACAAUCUUUUUUUAUUGCUUUAAUUUGAAUUUUCCUUUGGGGAUGUCCUAAGAGUGGCAACUUGUGUGAACAUUGCACAUGACUAUUCUUUCACUGGUUUCUUAGCCUCUCUUACAGCCUAUGGGAUAGUACUGUACGUCAAUACCUUCAUAUGAAAUUUUAUAUGCAAUGGAAAUAAAAGCAUGGGUUGAUUCUGCCUA